GCCGAACGGACGCCCUCCGGGGCCGCGCCGCAGCCCUCCGCGCUCCCCCCUAUCAUGCCCCGGGCCCAGGCGGGGGCCGCCCAAGCAGCCAGGACACCAUGCCCGAGGGCGGCGGUGGCGGCGACGGCGGGGAGGUGCCCGCGCUCAUCCCGGACGGCGAGCCGCUGCGGGAGGAGCAGCGGCCCCUGAAACAGUCCCUGGGGAGCUCCCUGUGCCGCGAGUCGCACUGGAAGUGCCUGCUUCUCACACUGCUCAUCCACGCCUGCGGCGCCGUGGUGGCCUGGUGUCGCCUGGCCACGGUGCCACGGCUGAUCCUGGGGCCCGAGGCGGCCCUGGCCCAGGGGGCUGGGGGCCCGCCGCCCACCUACCCAGCCAGCCCCUGCUCGGAUGGCUACCUGUACAUCCCACUGGCCUUUGUCUCCCUCCUCUACCUCCUCUACCUGGCCGAGUGCUGGCACUGUCACGUGCGCUCCUGCCAGGCGCCGCGCACCGACGCCAACACCGUGCUCGCCCUGAUCCGCCGGCUGCAGCAGGCGCCGCCCUGCGUCUGGUGGAAGGCCACCAGCUACCACUACGUGCGGCGCACCCGCCAGAUCACCCGCUACCGCAACGGCGACGCCUACACCACCACGCAGGUCUACCACGAGAGGGCCGACAGCCGCUCGGCUCGGGGCGAGUUCGACUACUCGGCCCACGGCGUCCGCGACGUCUCCAAGGAGCUCGUGGGCCUGGCCGACCACGCGGCCACGCGGCUGCGCUUCACCAAGUGCUUCAGCUUCGGCAGCGCCGAGGCCGAGGCCUCAUACCUCACGCAGCGGGCCCGCUUCUUCAGUGCCAACGAGGGCCUGGAUGACUACCUGGAGGCCCGGGAGGGCAUGCACCUGAAGGACGUGGACUUCCGCGAGUCCCUCAUGGUCUUCGCCGACCCUCGCAGCCCGCCGUGGUACGCGCGCGCCUGGGUCUUCUGGCUGGUGUCGGCGGCCACGCUGUCCUGGCCGCUGCGCGUUGUGGCGGCCUACGGCACGGCCCACGUGCAUUACCAGGUGGAGAAGCUCUUCGGCGCCAGCUCGCCCGCACCCGGGGCCGGGCCCAGCGGGCCCCCGCUCUCCCGUGUGGCCACGGUGGACUUCACCGAGCUUGAGUGGCACAUCUGCUCCAACCGGCAGCUGGUGCCCAGCUACUCAGAGGCCGUGGUCAUGGACGCCAGCUCGGGCGCCUACCUCCGUGGCUGCCAGCGCUGCCGCCGCUCCGUCAGCAGCAACUCGCUGCCUCCCGCCCGGCCCAGCGGGCCCCGCCUGCCUUUUAGCCGCAGCCGCCUCUCACUGGGAGCCGGGGGCCGCGCCACGCCGGGGGUCUUCCGAAGCCUAAGCGGGGGGCCGCUGGGGCGCCGUGGAGAGGACACGGAGCCCCUGGAAAGCCCACCGUGCUAUGAGGACGCCCUUUACUUCCCCGUGCUCAUCGUUCACGGUGACAGCGGCUGCCAGGGGGACGGGCAGGGUGCGCUCUGAGACCCACGCGGCCCCCACACUGGCCCUCCCCCCACCAUCCUACCACAGGGCUUCCAUGCCUGAGUAAUUGUUAUCCAGAACAGGAGGGAAGACAGACCAGCACACAAGGGAUGGGGUGGGGUUGGAGCCCUUAGGCUAACAUGCAGGGACCCACGGUCAUUUUGGGGGCGGAGGGACACCACUGCGGUUGGGUCUACGAACCGUCCCAGCAUGGCUCCCCUCCAACCACCACCACGUCCCACCCCCUGCGAUGGCGGACGACCUAGCCUGGGGGCCUCUCAGGCUGCGCAGGGAAAGAAGUUUCCAGAAAGCCUGGGCUGGGGGAGGAGUCCCAGAGACAGCUGUUGCCUGCAGCAGAGGGCUGCCUGUGGACUCUUCUCUGCAUGGCUGAAGCCACGGCAGGGGCCCUCGAGCAACCCAGAAGCACAAAUCGGUGGUUUGGGGCCACCCAGCUGGGCUGGCAUCCACGAACCUGAAGAGCCGGCUACGGCAGCACCACGGCCUCGGCCCCACUACGCUCCCAAAGUCCCCAUCCUCCUUCCCUGACAGGCCCGUCCCUGCCUGCCCUCUGGCCUCUGCUCAGGGCCAGUCCCUGAUCAGACCCUGUGGCGCGGCCCCUCUACCAGGAGCCUGGUUCUUGGAGCACAGCCCUGUCCCACCCCACCCCCCUGUCUUCCCUGGUCCACCCUCCCCUGCACAUCCAGUCACCCCUGUAACCCGGGGUUCUUUCCCAGGGCCCCAUCCCAAUUCCAUAUUCUCUGGUCUCUGCUCCUGGCCCCAGAAGUCCACGUCCGCCUCUGUCAGCCGCGCACACACCUUCCAGGCUGUGUCCUCUCAUCGCCCCCUGACUUCUCUGCUCUUUACCUUCCUGAUGACCCACGGGGCUCAGGGCUAUCGGGCAUCCGAGAGGCCUUGGCCUCGGCCACAGCCUCUUGGACGAUGCCCUUGCUCUGCCAUGGAGGCCCCUGCUUCCCCCGUCCCUGGGGCUUGGCCCAGGGGACACCAGCCCUCCCCCAGGGAAGAGAGAGUAGUCCCUUCCCUUCCAACUGGGGCUUCCACCCGCUCUCAUGGGCCGGUGGGGGAGGGAGGAGGCAGAGAAGAUGCAGCUAAAAUAAAAGGUAUGAAAUGGAA